GCCUGCAGAGCUCCGGGCAAAGAGGCGACGCCGUAUGACCCAACAUCCCUUUGAGUCAAGAAUGAGGAAAGGCGUUCAAACGCGCAGGGAAACACAGACGACCAGUCGCCUCCGUCCCUCCUCCAGUCAUGGGGAACCUUUUACACCGUCUGGUUAUUCUGUUUCUCUUCUUCUUAUCGGCAUCAAAGGUUUUCGGUUCCAACAUCUGCACGUCACAAGGAGUCACCACGUGUCGUCAGUGCAUGGCUGUGCACCCUCGAUGUGCGUGGUGCUCUAAGGAGGAAUACGGGAAGGGGGGGUCGGGUGCGUCCCGCUGUGACUACAAAGAGAAUCUGCUAAAAGGAGGAUGCAGUCCGGCAGCCGUGGAGUUUCCAUCCAGCACCCUGAGCAUUGACAAGAACGCGCCGCUCAGCGACAAAGCCUCGGGCCAAGCUGAUGAUGUUACCCAGAUAAAGCCUCAGAAACUGGGCAUCACCCUACGACCAGGAGAUUCCCAGCGUUUCACCGUGUCAGUGAAACAGGCGGAGGAUUACCCAGUGGACCUCUACUAUCUGAUGGAUCUUUCCUUUUCAAUGAAGGAUGACUUGGCUCGUCUUCGCACACUGGGCAGUGAGCUUGCCGACACCAUGGGCCACACCACCAGCAAACUGCGCAUGGGGUUUGGGGCCUUUGUGGACAAGACCACCUCCCCUUACAUGUACACCAACCCUGCGGAAGCAUUGGAAAACCCUUGCUAUGGAAUUCAUCAGAAAUGCCAGGCCCAAUUCGGGUUCAAGCAUGUGCUGUCACUGACGGAGAAGGUGGCUCGCUUCACUGAGGAGGUGGAGAAACAGCAGGUGUCUAGAAACAGAGAUGCUCCAGAGGGGGGUUUUGAUGCUGUCAUGCAGGCCGUGGUGUGCAAGGACAGGAUUGGGUGGCGUCCGGAUGCCUCACACCUGUUGGUUUUCACCACCGAUGCCAAGACUCACAUCGCUCUGGAUGGACGCAUAGCUGGAAUCGUCCAGCCCAAUGAUGGAAAAUGUCACCUUGAUAAUGAGAAUGUUUACAACAAAUCCACUGUGCUGGAUUAUCCUUCCCUGGCGCUCAUGACCGAGAAAAUGUCUGAAAACAACAUCAAUUUAAUCUUUGCCGUGACGGACUACGUGGUUCCACUUUACAAGGAGUACAGUCAGCUCAUUCCAGGCACAACUGUGGGAACACUGUCCGAUGACUCUGGCAAUGUUAUUAAGCUCAUUGUGGAUGCUUACGCUAAAAUCCGCUCUAAGGUGGAGCUGGAGUUACUGGGAGUCCCAGAAGAGUUGCAUCUCUCCUUCAAUGCCACUUGCCUGAAUGAAGAAGUCAUUCCUGGACUGAAAUCCUGCUCCGGCCUCAAGAUUGGAGACACGGUGUCGUUCAGCGUGGAGGCGCAGUUGCGCGUCUGUCCCAAAGAGAAGAGACACUCUUUCACCAUCAAGCCUCGAGGUUUCAAGGACUCGCUGGAGGUCACCGUGGACUUCGCCUGCGGCUGCGACUGCGAGGCGGACGCCAAAGCCGACAGCCCCCUCUGCAGCAACGGCAACGGGACCUACGAGUGCGGCGUGUGUCAGUGUCACCCGGGGCGCCUGGGCCCGAGGUGCGAGUGUUCGGUGGAGGACUACAGUCCAUCCGAUGACGCCAACUGCAUCCCGAAGCCAGGGGCGCCGAUCUGCAGCGGGAGAGGAGACUGCUUGUGCGGACAGUGCUCCUGCCAUGGGAAUGAGUUCGGUCAGGUCUGGGGAAAGUACUGCGAAUGUGACGACUUCAACUGCUUGCGCUUCAAGGGGGCACUGUGCUCCGAUCAUGGGAAGUGCAGCUGUGGGCUCUGCCAGUGCGACGCGGGCUGGAAAGGAGAGAACUGCAACUGCAGCACAGUCGUAGACACCUGCAUGUCCAGCAUCGGCCUGCUGUGCAGCGGCCGCGGUAGCUGCCAGUGUGGCGUCUGUCAGUGCACCCAGCCUGGUGCCUACGGAGACACCUGUGAGAAAUGCCCCACUUGUCCAGAUGCCUGCACAAUCAAAAAGGAGUGUGUUGAGUGCCAACACUUCAAGAGAGGACAGUACAUCGAAGACAACAGCUGCAGUAUAAUCUGCAAAAAUGAGAUUAAUUUAGUGGAGGAACUGGGUUUCCAUGCAAACGCAGUGAAUUGCUCAUACAAAGAUGAGAACGACUGCGUGGUACACUUCCAGUAUUACGAAGAUGGAAGCGGAAAAUCCAUUCUGGAUGUGGUCAAAGAGCCAGAGUGUCCUCAGGGUGCAGACAUUUUGGUGGUGCUCCUGGCGGUGGCCGGAGCUAUUCUGCUGCUGGGCCUCAUUGGGAUGCUCAUCUGGAAGCUGCUAGUCACCAUCCAUGACCGCAGAGAGUUCGUCAAGUUUGAAGAGGAGAAAGCCAAAGCCAAGUGGGACACGGCUAACAAUCCUUUGUACAAGGAAGCCACCUCCACCUUCACCAACGUGGCAUACCGGGGCAACUAACGACUAAAUGCAACGAGGAAACGCUCAGGGUUCAGCAACAGAGACGGAAUGUAGUAGUAGAGAAAUGGAUAAAACGGGGUGUAAUUGUACAUUUGGUUAAAAAAACACACCAAAACUGUGGUAAUGUAAAUUGGAAAUUGACUGCUAUUACUUUUUCUGUUUUACACUAUGUCAUGUCAUUUCAGGAGUUUCCUUAACGGAAGCUACUUUAGGGGUUUGGCUCACAUUAAAGUAGAAAUAGAUCGUCAUGACUUAAUAGUGAUGAGUCAGUAUGGAAAGUACAUUCAUAAACAAAGUUUUCUUCAGGGUCCUCAACCAUGUGGGUUGUAUUAUUUAAACCUAAGCUGUGUUUUUUGAAAAUGUUAGAGUUAGAGUGCAGCUUUUUCUUAAGUUACUUUACUUUUUCUACAUUUGAGGGACGAGUCCAGAAGAACCACAGGACCUUUUUAUCAGUAAAUAUAUACUAUAUAUAACAAUGAUUAAAACAAGCUUGAAGGGUUUGUAUGUACAUGAGCAAUUCCCUUUAUUCUAAUGAAUAAUAAAGCUUGUGGUAAUCAUUUUGAAAACAGUGCAGAAUUGUGGAGUAUCGGUUUACAGUAAAAGGGAGUAAAUCCACUUACGGCCUCGUGGCUGACUUGGUUUAAGGUGAUCUAUGUGGUGUUUAUUGUUUUUUAAGUUCAUGUCAGCAGUGGUAACUUGUACUGACUACUAUUGACUUUAAUGGCAUUUGUUAGGAUUAUUUUAUUGGGAUCAACACUGUGUUACUCUGAAAUGCCUGUAAUUUGUUUGUUUA